AUGCUGCAUAAUUUUCGGACAUCAUCUUAUCUUAUAACUGGAAUAUCAUAUAUUAUAGAUAUGAUUAAAAAAGGGGAGAAAGCCAUCAACUCUUGCAAAAAGACUCAUCAUAAACCAAUUACAAAUCAUAAUAUUAAUAAUAAGAUAGACAAAUCAGUUGGUACAAAAUUAAGUGAAUACAGUAUAUGCUAUGCACCAAAAAUAAAUAAAUUUACAUGGCAAAAUAAAUAUCGCAAUCUACUUGAAUCACAUUGGUUGCCAAUUUAUUCAUUAAAAAAUAUCGAUGAACAAUAUAAAUUUCAAAAGUUGCCUUCAACAAAUUCAAUAUUAAAUUACCAACAUUCAUCUUAUGAUAAUGGAGAGGAAGAGUUAAUUGAUUCAUGGGAACCACAAACGCAUACAUCCCAGAUAACAUUAACGUCUGUUUGGGAUAAUAGUAUAUUUUUAACAUGCGGUGAUAGCGUUAGACAGAGAUGUGAUAAGAGAUUACUUGUAUGGGUGGAUAAUGAGUAACAUCUAUUAUUCAUUGAUUUCUGGUAUGUUUUCAUUCAAAGAAUUCCUAUUCGUUUAUCAUCAGCUUUCUUGCACCAGUUAUUAUCUACUGACGGUUUAAAUCAUUUAAGUGUUAAAAACUGAAUGUAGACGGGAAAAUAUUUUAAAAGGUGUUACUUUUAAAAAAGAAAU